AGAUGGGUCACCCAGGCAUGCCUCACUAUCCACCCAUGGGGAUGCACCCCAUGGGCCAGAGACCACCAAAUAUGCCACCAGUUCCACAUGGUAUGAUGCCUCAGAUGAUGCCUCCAAUGGGAGGACCACCAAUGGGGCAGAUGCCUGGAAUGAUGCAGUCAGUGAUGCCAGGAAUGAUGAUGUCCCAUAUGUCCCAAGCUGCCAUGCAGCCAACGGUCCCGCCAGGAGUGAAUAGUAUGGAUACGCAAGCAGGGUCUGGUUCAGGAAAAUACUUAAGCACAUCGAGUCUCCAUUGGAAGUUAAGCACAAUGGAAGGUACAACACCUCCAGGAACUCAGACUGCACAUCCAGUAGUCUGUUCAGCCCAGCAAACCACCACAGUCAACAGUUCGGUAACUGAAGACCAGUCUAAACAGAAAUCUGUAUGGACUGAACAUAAAUCACCUGAUGGAAGAACUUAUUAUUAUAAUACUGAAACAAAGCAAUCCACAUGGGAGAAACCAGAUGAUCUUAAAACACCUGCUGAGCAAUUAUUAUCUAAAUGUCCUUGGAAAGAGUACAAAUCUGAUUCAGGAAAGCCUUACUACUAUAAUUCCCAAACAAAAGAGUCACGGUGGGCAAAACCUAAAGAACUUGAGGAUCUUGAAGCAAUGAUUAAAGCAGAAGAAAACAGCAGCAAACCAGAAGAAUCAACUCCAACUACAUCUACAGCUGCUGUUGCAACAGAAGUAACCAAUACAACAACCACCACCACCACUUCUGCAGCUGCUGAAACUGCUGUAGCUGCUACUGCAACUACUGCCACCCCUGCUGCAACAGCUGCCUCAGAAAGUGAAACUGCUUCUACUACUAGUUCUGCAGCUGCUACUGGUAGUGUUACUGCAACUGCUGCAGAAAAUGAAAGUACAGGUACAGCUACAGCUGAUGAACAAGUGCAGCAAACCAAUGCUACUCCCGUUGUACAGGAACAGAAUGCAGAAACUGUCACAAACACAGUAGAGGAAGGUUUUAAGCAGGAGGGUUCAGCAGAUGCUACUCCCAAAAAAGAGGAGGACGAUGCCCAGCCAGUUAAAAAAACAUAUACGUGGAAUACAAAAGAAGAAGCGAAACAAGCAUUUAAAGAGCUUUUGAAAGAAAAGCGUGUACCCUCCAAUGCCUCCUGGGAACAAGCUAUGAAAAUGAUCAUUAAUGAUCCAAGAUACAGUGCUUUGGCAAAGUUGAGUGAAAAAAAGCAAGCCUUUAAUGCUUACAAGGUUCAGACAGAAAAGGAAGAAAAAGAAGAAGCCAGAUCAAAAUACAAAGAAGCUAAAGAAUCUUUCCAGCGUUUUCUUGAAAACCAUGACAAGAUGACAUCUACAACAAGAUAUAAAAAAGCUGAACAAAUGUUUGGAGAGAUGGAGGUCUGGAAUGCAAUAUCAGAGCGUGAUCGUCUUGAAAUUUAUGAAGACGUGUUGUUCUUUUUAUCUAAGAAAGAGAAGGAACAAGCCAAGCAGUUGCGAAAAAGGAAUUGGGAGGCUCUAAAAAACAUACUGGAUAACAUGGCUAAUGUAACUUAUUGUACCACUUGGUCAGAGGCUCAGCAGUAUCUGAUGGACAACCCUACAUUUGCAGAAGAUGAGGAACUUCAGAAUAUGGAUAAAGAAGACGCCCUCAUCUGUUUUGAAGAACACAUCAGGGCUCUGGAGAAAGAGGAGGAAGAAGAAAAACAAAAGAGUUUGCUGAGGGAAAGGCGCCGACAGCGUAAAAAUAGAGAAUCUUUUCAGAUAUUUUUGGAUGAAUUGCAUGAACAUGGGCAGUUGCAUUCAAUGUCUUCUUGGAUGGAGUUGUAUCCAACCAUAAGCUCUGAUAUCAGAUUCACUAAUAUGCUUGGCCAACCUGGAUCGACUGCACUUGAUCUUUUCAAAUUUUAUGUUGAAGAUUUGAAAGCACGCUACCACGAUGAAAAGAAGAUAAUAAAAGACAUCUUAAAGGAUAAAGGAUUUAUAGUUGAAGUGAAUACAACUUUUGAAGACUUUGUUGCAGUCAUCAGUUCAACUAAAAGAGCUACAACCUUAGAUGCAGGCAAUAUCAAACUGGCUUUCAAUAGUCUCCUGGAAAAGGCAGAAGCCCGUGAACGUGAAAGGGAAAAAGAGGAGGCUCGGAAGAUGAAGCGGAAGGAGUCUGCAUUCAAGAGUAUGUUGAAACAAGCUGCACCCCCGAUUGAGUUGGAUGCUGUUUGGGAAGAUAUCAGGGACAGAUUUGUGAAGGAACCAGCAUUUGAAGACAUUACUUUAGAAUCAGAAAGAAAAAGAAUAUUUAAAGACUUCAUGCACAUAUUAGAGCAUGAGUGUCAGCAUCAUCAUUCAAAGAACAAGAAACAUUCUAAAAAAUCUAAAAAACAUCACCGAAAGCGAUCACGCUCCCGUUCGGGCUCAGAGUCUGAAGAUGAUGAUAACCAUUCAAAAAAGAAGAGGCAGCGUUCAGAAUCUAGGUCUGUUUCUGAGCGUUCUUCCAGUGUAGAAUCUGAGAGAAGUUAUAAGAAAACAAAAAAACACAAGAAGAAAAGCAAAAAGAGAAGACACAAGUCUGAUUCACCAGAAUCAGAUGCUGAACGAGAAAAAGACAGGAAAGGGGAGAGAGAGAAUGAAAAGGAUAGAAGUAGACAAAGAUCUGAAUCAAAGCAUAAAUCUCCUCCCAAAAAACGGCCUGGAAAAGAUUCUGGUAACUGGGAUACUUCCGGCAGUGAACUGAGUGAAGGGGAAUUGGAAAAACAGAGAAGGACCCUUUUGGAACAACUGGAUGAAGAUCAAUGAGAGAAUUAUUUAUACCAAAUAUGUUUACAGUAUGACUUAAUAAAAUAAACCGAUGUCUAAUUCAGGAUAUGGGUUCUAAUAUGCUGGAUAUGAGUCCCAUUGUUGAAAUAACAGUGGGUUUAAAUUUUACUGCAUCAAGAAAUACAUUCAAGUACCACUCUGGCAGGCCUGGCAUCAAAUCAAAACAGAAAAGGAAAUUCAGAGUUAAAGCUGAAAUUCUGUUCUUAAUUGGCUGGAUAGCACGUAUCCUUUUUACAUCAUGGAACUAUUUGCAGGGUUUAAUGUGAUUAAUGGAAGACAUUUCACUUUUGAACUCUGGGUUCUACUUACAAUGGCCAGGGGAAGUACUGGCACCUUUCUAGCAGAACCACAUCCUAAACACAGUUCUUCCUAGAAAGGUACUAAACCUAGUUCUUCUGGCCAGUGUGGGUGAGUUAAAUUCUCCUCUUUAGAAAAAGAGAUCCGUAAUAUAGUUUCUUGUGGUUCAACUUGCUUUGUGGGUUUGUUCUUAUUUUUUGAAAGACGGGGGGCUGGAAAGGGGAGGGGAAUAAUGAAUCCAUUUCUUAACUUACAGUACAAAAAAGAAUCCACAAUUGAAGCUGCUGUUUGGGUAUCACAUGACUGGCCAAACUGAUGGUUUUGAUAAUUUGUAUUAAAGUAAUGUUUUAAACCCCUGCAAAAAGGUGCUUAUGAUGAAAAUGUGAUAGGUAGGCCCUUCAUUACAGUGGCACUAGAGGACACUGCUGUAAUAUAGCUAUCAUUUGUAUUGAAGUAAUACCUGAUAAAUGGCUAAGGGCAUUAUUUCAGCAUUUAUUGUCAUGUUAAGGAAAUUUAACAGAAAUCAAAUUGUAAAUUUAUUUCAAUAUGUUGCCUUAAUCUGCUGAAGAAUGUACCACCAAAUUUUUAGUAGUAGUUGCAAUACUCAUGUCUAGAAAAUCUUUUUUUUUUUUUUUUUUUUUUUUUUUUUUUUAAUAACCUCUGCUUGGAGGAAAAUUCCAUCAUCCCUUUUCAGUGACAGAUAUUAACUACCGUGGUACACAUUCUGAAACCUUUCUGAUUUGAAUAUUUUUGUACAUUUUUAUCGAUUAUUAAACCUUGUCUUCAAGCGUG